AUGGAUCUUGGCAGCGUCGUGGCAGUGCUCGAAGUUGCCACAUCAUCAGGGCCUGAUUUUCAGUUCGCCCGCGUCAUUGACGGGCCCCGCAAGGCAGCUUUCUCCAGGCUUCGAUACGGCAUCAGGGUCAUAUGGAAAUUUCGCCUGCUACCGAUGGUCAGAGCAUCCGUCAUAUCCAUUCCACCCCAUCUUCACCUCCUUAGCGCAAUGGCGACCGUCGCUGCUCCGUCCACCAGCCUUCGCUGCUCCGUGCUGUCCUCGCAGGGCAAGGCCGUUGCUGGCCGGCAGCUCGCUGUUGGCUCUGCCAGACCAGCAGCAGCAUUUUCAAAGAAAGCAGCACUUGUCGCGAGGGCCUCGGCGGAGGAGAAGCCAUCGUUGGCGGCGUCCGUCGCCACGGCGGCAGCCACCGCCAUUUGCGGCGCGUGUGUCGCCGUCUCGCUCGCUACUGCCGCUCCCGCCCUCGCCGCUCCCUCGCCCAGCCAGGUGCGCCUUCCCCCUCUCUCCAAUGACCCUGCGCGCUGCGAGCGAGCAUUCGUGGGCAACACGAUUGGGCAGGCGAACGGCGUGUCGGAUAAGGUGCUGGACCUGAGGCAGUGCGACUUCUCGGGGGACAAGGAGAACCUCAAGGGCAAGACGCUGUCGUCUGCUCUCAUGUCUGGCGCCAACUUUGACAACGCGGAUCUCACUGAGACCGUCAUGAGCAAGGCUUAUGCCGUUGGGGCCAGCUUCAGGGGUGCUGACUUCGCCAACUCAGUGUUGGAUCGGGUGCUUUUCAACGAGGCCGAUCUCACCGGUGCGUCGUUCCGCAACGCGGUGCUCUCGGGGUCCACGUUCAACGACGCCAACCUCACCGACACCAGCUUUGAAGACGCGCUCAUUGGUUACGUUGACGUGCAGAAGCUCUGCCGUAACAAGACGCUUGGCGAGUUCACGCGCCUGGAGCUCGGCUGCAAGUAG